AUGGCCUCCAUGAAUUUCACAAUGGAUUCGGUUUCUGUUUUAAACCCUAAACUCAACCAUACCCUCCCAAGGUUUCACCCUUUACUCAAUAACCGCACUUUCAAACUCCCCCUUCACGCCGUUCCCCGUUAUAGUCUCAAUCAACGGAAACCGUUAACCGCCACUUUCGCUGCCGCGCCGCAACACGACUCGGAUCACGGUGAAGCUGAAGUGGAAAAGGGGAAUGAGGAUGUUGAUGUUGGUGAUGUUGGUUCCGAGGAGGAAUCACAGGAGGCAUGGAAGCAGGCUUUGGAUACAUUCAAGGAACAGGCUUUGAAGGUUCAAGGGGUUUCUCAAGAGGCUUAUGAAGUGUACUCGAAGAAGGCGGCUGUUAUUUUGAAGGAUACUUCGGAGCAGUUGAAGAUACACGCGGAUAAGGCGAAACAUGAUUUGAGUGUUGUGGCGAAGGAAAUUACGGAUGAAGGGAAAGAGUAUUUGUCUUCUGCAGCGGAGAAUUCACCUGACGUGAAGGAGAUUGUGAAGACUUUUACUUCUCCAGAGGAUGAUCUUAGCAAUGUUUCUGGAGUGAGGGACUUUUAUGUUGGGAUACCCUAUGGUUUGCUACUAUCUCUGGGCGGCUUUCUUUCCUUUAUGGUAACUGGAAGCAUUGCAGCAAUAAGGUUUGGGGUGAUUUUAGGCGGUGGUCUGUUGGCUCUAAGCAUUUCAAGUUUGAAAUCAUAUAAAAAAGGACAGCCCUCUUCUCUAGCUUUGAAGGGCCAGACCGCAAUAUCAAGUAUCUUGUUUCUGCGGGAGAUUAGCUCAGUUGGCAGAGGAUCAACUUAUUUUACUGCCUUGAUCAGUGGUGCGGUAGCGGCGUUUUACGUUUAUAGACUAGUUUUGGAAGGUAAGCCACAAAAAGGAUCAAACUUGGAAGGUGAAGCAGGAAUCUAG